CCUGACUUAGUCAACAUUCACAGAGAAAGGUUUAACCAUACUGAAUAAUUCUAUAUUCAGGAGUGAAAUACGACCCGUAUACAUAUUUGUACCAUGGACAUACAUGUAGCAAUAUUUGGAAGUAAACAAAAACAUAAAACAUGUAAAAGCAUGAAAAGAGAUUGCUGGCUGUUAGUGUGAAUGGCAUAUCAUUUUGACUUGAUUAAACUAGUGAAACAGUUCAUCAUAACAAUACUAAAUUUCGGAUACGUUCGACCAUGGGGAAUAGACAAUGUUCUGGAUACCCCCAGAAUGCCGCUUGCUGGCCACCAUUUGUAAACAUUGGGGUGCCUAUUUUGGUUGUGAUCAUAUUUGUAGCUGUCCUUGGAUUCAUAUUCAAGAUUCCAGACCCUAAGUCCAAGGUUAUUGAUGAGAUGCUAAAUAAGAAAAGACUAAAAGACAGAAAAGCUAAAGCAGCAAAAAUGAGAAAGGAGCGGAUAGCUACAAUAUCACAUGAACAAAAUAUGGGAUACUCAUACUCCAGUGAUGAUACACGAGGACCAAAGAGUACUAACUAUGGGUCACACUCACUGGAUUGUUCUUUAUCCAUGACAAGCACUGUUAACUUUGAGACAUGUGUAUGAUUAUCGUAUAAGUUAUCAUAUAAAGGCAACUAGGAGUUCCAUUUUGGAUUACGUAACAAAGCCUGAUAACAAACAAUUUCAAACGAUUCUAACUUGAAUUAUGAAUAUUUUCUUGUCAUAAACAUGGGUUUAUCUUUUAGAUCCAUUCAUUAUCCUCAAGAAAAGU